CUGGGAAGGUUACCCACUGUGCAUCAGACAAGAAGAGCCUGUAAACUGAUGCCAAAGAGAAGAGGAGGGACAAGAGAAAGACGGACAUUAACAUUGGAAGGAAUUAUUAGGUAUGAGGUAGGAAAGAAAAGUUAAUGCCUCUGCUAUGAAUGUAGGUGCAGAUAAGUGGGAGCAGCUGAGGAUUGCUGGAAAAAGAAGGAGGAGGAGGAGGCAAAGUGGGGAUUAAGAAGUCGGAAUGCGCUGACAUUGGAGACCUGAGUUUUUGUUUGCAUUUCGCACGGCACAUCCUGUCACUCCACAGGUUUAUCCACACAUACAGCGACUUACCAACAGACACACUUAUGUACACAAUCACUGUUUGCUUUGGAGGAUGAUCCCAGGAGGCCAUGCAAGGAGAGGUGAACACCUUCCAAGGAGCUAAGUUUCCUCCCACCUUGCUUCCCAAAAGUGCCCUCCUUCUCUCUACCCUCUCCUUAAUUCUGGCCCUUUAGUCUAACCUGCACUAGUUUCAACACGCUGCAACUCCGGAGUCACAGACAACCAUGAAAAACCUCCAGAAUGCCCUUGGGAUACAGCUGCCGUCACCCCGGCUGAGAUAGACUGAGGAGCUUUCACUGGUUCACUGAGCUGCAGGAUGUCUAAAGCCUCCCGGCUUGCUCGGCCCCCCUCGGCAGGAGCCGGAUCCAAGCUGCCCUCACCGAGGAAGGAAUGCCCUGGCACAGCCAGCUUGGCCGGCCGCAAUCGUAUCCUUAGUGUGGGAGAGAAGUUAAUGAGGGCAGGUAACGAUAGUGCUCUGAACAGACAGAAACCUUUGACUGGAACUGUGACUCAAGACAAACCACAAAGCGAGAACCAGACUGAGACUCUGGGCCCUACCCAGAAUCCAGGUGAGAAGAACCCGAAUGCAGAGAUGGUGUCUCCAAAGAGCAGGAUCAGCCCACCUAAAAUUUCAAGUCAACAGCAGGGCCCAGUGCAAAAACAAACCAAAGGCAACCUGAAAGUGACCUCUCUAGAGGACACUGAACAUGUAAACCGCAGGCAAGUGUCUCCAAAUGGGUCGACUUCUACAAGAGGGGAUGCCAAAGGUAAUCGCACCGUCCCUCGAAGGCAUACAUUAGGAGGGGCCCGCGGCUCCAGAGAGAUCCUCGCCAUGCAACCAUCAGAUAUGGAUAAGAAGAGGGAGGCCUUCCUGGAGCACCUGAAGCAGAAAUACCCUCAUCAUGCCUCAGCCAUCAUGGGCCACCAGGAGAGGCUCAGAGAGCAGUCUUUACAGGCCAUGCUUGCCUCUCUUCAUUCUGAGCUUGACAUUCAGAGGUAUUUGAUGAAAAUCCAAUCACCCCACAAAAGCAGAAGUCCAAAGCACGGUCCCAGCCCACAGCCCAGCGUCGGGGAUCAGGCCGACCACCUUUCUCUGACCUCACUAGAAUCUUUAGACGCCAUGUCUGAGGCGGACACACCCACAGCCUUCACCCGAGGCAGCCGGGUUCGGGCCAGCCUGCCGGUGGUGCGAUCGACCAACCAGACAAAGGACCGAUCUUUAGGUGUACUCUAUCUGCAGUACGGGGAUGAGACCAAACAGAUCCGCAUGCCCAAUGAGAUCACCAGCAUCGACACAAUCAGAGCUCUGUUUGUCAGUGCCUUCCCGCAGCAGCUAAACAUGAAGAUGCUAGAGUCUCCUAGUGUGGCCGUCUACGUCAAAGACGACAUGAGAAACAUGUACUACGAACUCGCUGAUGUCAGGAACAUCACAGAUCACUCCUGUCUGAAGGUGUACCAUAAGGAUCCGGCUCAGGCUUUCAGCCAUGGACCUCGGCCAGCCAACGGCGAUGCCAGGAUUCACAGUGAGAUGGCACAUGCAGCCCGUGAUGGUCAGCACCCUCUAAGACAUCCACCUAUGGGUCCUCCGUCACACCACCCCAUGCAGGGAGCGAUCCCACCAUCUCCCCACUCCAUGCCGCCAUCACCCUCUCGAAUCCCAUUUGGCACGAGACAGAACUCCGUUCCAGGAAGCGCCACCAUCCCAAGGGACCGGAUAUCUAGUGCCAAUCCUUCGGUCCGCUCCAUCUCGCCUUGUCCAAGCGCUAUACUGGAGAGACGAGAUGUAAAGCCAGAUCAAGACCUGAGUGGGAAAAGCCAAACUCUAACCAGAGGAAAUGAGGGGUUGUAUGCAGAUCCAUACGUUCUCCAAGAGGGACGAGUCAGCAUGGCUGCAGGUCAUGGGCCACAUGCAAGCCCUGGACUUGAUGGUCCAGAGCAUGGCAUAGGGGGAUUUCACAGAGCAUCCAUCCGGUCAACUGGCUCUUAUGGUGGGCCCAGCCCUACAGACUCUGUGGAUCACCCUACUCUUUACAGACAGAAGUCCCGAAACAGCCAACUGCCUACUUUGGGAUCCAAGACUCCUCCUCCAUCUCCUCAUAGGAUGACUGAGGUACGGAUGAUUGAUAUCCACAGCAUGCCACCUCAUGGUGUUCCAACUCAUGCUGUCCCACCACAUGGAGUUGUCCUGGAGAGAGGCUCACCUGUGCGCCAGUCCUUCAGGAAGGAGGAGGUUGCAGGGACUAAGCCCAGGAACAGCAUGGGAUCUCCUGUUAUCCCAGAUCCUCAGAGUCACCCUCAAGGGCCAACUCCAGCUCCAGGUGACCAAGAGACACGAGAGCGAAUGAAGGUUAUGGAGCAACAGAUUACCAGCUUGACAGGUCUUGUUCAUCAUGUACUUUUAAAGGCCCCAAACUCUAGUGGGAACAAGGAUUCUCAAAGCAGCGAGAGGCCACCAAAGACUUCCUCUCCAGCCCACAGUGCACCCAGUUCAGGUGGAUCUACUGUUUUGGCACCUAAAGCCAAUUCCUCCCCACCAGACAAGAGCUUAUCCCCACUUAAAGUUAACCUCCUUCAGUUCAGGGAGAAUGUUUCGGACCUCAGAGUACAACUCCAUCAAAUGAGACAGCUCCAGGUCCAGAAUCAGGAGGUUUUACGAGUUCAGCUAAAGCGGGCUGAGCAGGAAAUAAGUAUUAAACUCACAGAGGCCAUGCGGCGAGUGGAAGACCCUGUCCAGAGACAGAGAGCUCUGGUAGAGGAGGACAGGCACAAGUACUUAGGUCUGGAGGAGCAUGUCCUCAUGCAGCUGAGUGAGCUCGAGCAAUACGUAGGGUCUCUGCAAAAGGCCUCGGCAACAGCAACCAAGACGGUGACUUUAAAGGAUGUGGAGGAGGGAGCAGUUAAUCUGAGGAAGGUGGGAGAGUCACUGACAGGCCUUAAAGGAGAGUUCCCAUCCCUGCAAACCAGAAUGCGGGCUGUGCUCAGAGUGGAAGUGGAGGCUGUUAAAUUUCUGAAGGAGGAGCCUCACAAACUCGACAGCAUGCUAAAGCGGGUCAAGAGCCUGACCGAGACUCUCAGCAGCCUGAGAAGAUAUGCAACUGAGGGUUCUCAGAAAGGCUGUGAUCCUUCCAUUAAUGUCCCAUUGGGUAACAGCCAUACGACAGCUGCAGGAGCCACUUCAGAAGCUACAUCAGCUUCAGCCCAGCUCGUCCCCUCUUCAGCUCCAACAGAGCCACAGAGCUCCACCAUCAGGUCCGAGGUGAUGCCCUCUUCCCCGCCGGUCAUCCAUCAUAUCCAGAGUUCCCCAGUUCUCAUUCAGCAGUCCCAGCAAUCUGCCACCCUCACAACUCAGCCCAGUCCUCCCCUCACUCCUAGCCCCACUCAGAUUCCAAGUCCCAAUUUGAGUAAACCUCAAGACCGGGAAUCUCCAAAAGGGGCCAUCAUGGACUCACAGAGUCCUGCUCGUCUGAAGAAGAUUCAUGGGAAUCUUGUGAACAAUGGCAACGGUGCUCCUCCGCAGAAUCUCAUAAUAGAGGAGCUCCAGAACACAAAGGAGAAAAGCAAAAACAGAGUUAUGUCCAUAGAGGCAGCUGAGAAGGAAUGGGAAGAGAGGAGGCAAAAUAUGGGUCACUAUGAUGGCAAAGAGUUUGACAAGAUCCUUCAAGAGGCCCAGGCCAAUAUGAUGAAGGGAAUUCCAAACUUAGAAGUUGAGGAAGGCCAAAUGAUGCCCUCUGCUGGUAUAAUAGAGCAGAGAGACAUUACCAGCCCGGUUGAGUCACCAGCAGAGGAGCCUAGAGUAGAAAAACCUGCCAAGAAGGGGUCUGAUAGACUUCCAAAACCUUUAACGGAGAAAUCCAUGAAGCCAGCAUCCCCAAAGACUACAUUUAAGCCAGCAGUCACAGACAAUUUCACUAAACAGGGGUCUGACAAAUCAAACAAGUCUCCACCACCCCCUCCUCCAAGAAAAAACUUCUCCAGCUCGAGCUCAGGCAUGACUACCACACGUUCUGGAGAGGUGGUGUAUACAGCUCGGAAGGAGAGCAUCUCAGCCCAGGAAGUUGAGGAUCAUGCUCCUCCUCCAUCACCUCAGCUGAAGCCCAGUAAGGUUCCUCCGGAGACCAAGCCGAAACCUAUCACACCUCCUCCUAUCACUGCUUCUGUUAACAAACAAGAGGAGGACGAAGGGGACAAGAUCAUGGCCGAACUUCAGGUUUUCCAGAAGUGCACAGUUAAGGAUGUAGAGAAAAAAAAUUUGGUUGAACCCACCAAUCGAAUUGAACCCCAAAUCAAAGAGCUAAGACCAGGGAAUUUGUUGCCCCUCAAAGACAAAAAGCAGAGCUCAGACCCAAGUCGAGAAGAUAAAGAUCCAGAUACAGAUGAAAAUGGGAACAGUACUACAAGACAGAGUCCAGGGGUCAUAUAUUACGUGACGGGACAGAUUCCAAAAGAUCAACCACCUCCAUCGGGACUUGAAGACACCCGAGAACACAAGGAGCCCUCACAGCCUCUAACACAGGUGUCAAAUGUCAAUGCUAAUGACAAUUCUGCAUGGCAGCAAGAGCAGAUGCAGCCCAUGUCUCCACCACCAAAAUCACCUUCGUCUGUAACACCUCCACCGAUAUCACCUAAACCCACUGGACUCAACGGAUUCAAACUGCCACGAAAGCAAGUUAAACGUGCAGAGUCCUUGAAGACUAGUGCAGAAGUACAGAAGGAAAAGAAACUCAACAAAACAAACACUGAAAAGAAAACCAAACUUUCAUCAGAGCAUGUUUCCUCAAUUAAAAAUACAAAGCAUGAGCAACGAUCAACUACAACAAGCAAUCCUGUAAAAGAGGUUCCUAAAGUUCCUCCACCUAGAAAGACUGCAAGUGGCAAAUAUGAUUUACCUCAAGUAAACUUUGAAGAUAGCGAUGAUGGAACUGGUCUUAGCCCUGACUUACCUGGAGAAGAACCGCCCCCACCACCUGACAUUGCAUUUAUGAUCACUAACAAAAAGGUUCAGCCGCUGUCUUGUGGUGAGUACCAGGAACUGGUCAGUGCCAAGAAAGGUAGUGUCCAGACAGUUACUGUUGGCAGUGCUUCAAACAAAACUAACCCCACAGUCAAUUCCACUGAGCCACAGGAUAAUGGCUUUAAUAAGAAGCCUGUAAUCAUCAUUUUUAAUGAGCCGAUGGAUAUCCGCUCAGCUUACAAGCGUCUGUCCACCAUAUUUGAAUGCGAGGAAGAACUGGAGAGAAUGCUUGCAGAGGAGCGCAUCGAUGAAGAGAGUGAAGAGUCAGACACAGAGAGGAGCACUGGGUCGCAGGUGAAAGAUGGAGAUGCAGAGUUAGUGGGAGAUGAAAAAAUCACCUCCACGAAGAGUACUGUGGAGCACACCGGAUCAUCAUCCUCAUCUGCAUCUUCAAUAUCGGAACUAACAGAUGGUGGAGGAUACACAGAGACAAAUGGAGAUGCCAAACAAGAUGGGAAGAAGAAAUUCAAGUUUAAGUUCCCCAAGAAACAAUUUGCUGCUCUAACACAAGCAAUUCGCACAGGCAGCAAAUCUGGAAAGAAAACUUUACAGGUUGUGGUGUAUGAAGAUGAGGAAGAAUCUGAUGGCACAGUACGGCACCACAAGGAAGCUAAGAGAUUUGAGAUUUCACGCUCAAAAUCAUUUGCAGAGACCACCAAGGGAUCCGUUUCUGUCAUACAGAAAGACCAGAACUCAGACGCUCUUUGCAGAACUAAUGAGAUCCGAAAGAACACUUACAAGACUCUUAACAGUCUUGAGCAAACUAUCAAACAGCUGGAAACUACUAUUAAUGAAAUGGGACCAUGCUCUCCAGAGGAGCCAGUCAGCACAGAAGACAAGUCAGAAACUGGAAAAGACUCAGAUCUAAUUGGGUUGAAGAGGUCUUCCUCUCUUCCUACCUCUAGAGCGCAUGGGCCUAAAUUGGCCAGCAAAGGUUCGUUGCAGAAGAAGACCAAACCCCAGAUCCUUCCUCGCCCUGUUGUCGCACCUUCAACCACCAACAACGCCAACACUGUGCUCAGAGUGCCCACCACCAUGCAACAGAUCCCCUUGCAGAACACCAAUGCUGCUUCCCCUACUAGUCGGAUGCCGGUCCCUAUGUCUGCGAAGCCCAGACAGUCGCCGGCUACUACUGACAAAGCCGGAAAACAGCAAAAACUGCAGGACGCUCAGAGGCAGUUUCGACAGGCUAAUGGAAGUGCUAAAAGAGUGGGAGGGGAUCAUAAAACUGCUUCCCCCACUAUUCCCAUUUCUAAAAUCCCUGCUUUUUAUUCUAGCUCUGCUAAAGGCAGCUCCCAGUCUGUACUAAACUCAGAUGCUACUAAUCCCAUUAACCCAUCUUCUUCCGCUCCUCCCUCUGCGACAAAGACCGUCCUGUCCUCUCACAACUCCCGUUCCGGUUCCCUACCCUCAUCCCAUAUCCCCUCACUGUCUAACGGAUCCCUUAAACUCCCCACACCUUCACAACACACAGGUAAAGCUCUCUCGUUCUCCUCACAGACUCAGAAUGGUCGAGUGCACUCCUCCUCCUCCUCCUCUUCAUUAUCCUCCUCCUCCUCCUUCUCCCCCUCCCCUCUGUCUCCCACACCGUUGGGCCCAGGUGGAAAGAGCAUCCGCACCAUACACACCCCCAGCUUCACCAGCUACAGAUCGCACAACGGCAGCAGCGGCAAAUCCUCCAUCCCAACAACCACAGCAGCUAAGGAAACAACUUAGACAUAUUAUCACUCCAUGUGCUUUAAUGCACAGCAGGUUGACCCAAACCUAUUCCAUGUAAUAUACUUUACAUAGUUUUUUCCUUUCUUUUUUUUUUUAUUUGAAAGUAUUAUUAAAGUUAUGCACUCUAUGUUUAUAUUUUGACACUGGCAUUUGCGUACUGUAUGUUUCCUCUUAUUAUCAGUACACUUUUUAAGAGUUUUAUUCUGUAUCGAAAGUGUACCAAAUAAUCUGCAUUAUAAUUUUGAUGUAUCUAAAACAAAAAUGUAGAUUGACUAGUUGAAGUGAAAGGUUUUAAUUAUGAUGGCAUUUAAUUAAAAUGGAUCUAUUCUUUUCCUGUAGCCACGAAUAGGAAAUAUAGUGUUAAUUUGCAAUCAAAAUAUUGUGUAAAUGUUUUUAAUUUUGGAAAGAAAGAUUUAAUAACUAGAAUAUUUAAUCCUCUAUAUUUCUUACGUUCAGAACAGAAAAAGUAACAAACUUUAAAGAGUUUAUACAAAAUCUAAAGAUGAGUCGUUAUUAACAUAGUUUUCCUGGUGUAUUUUCUUAUUUUUUAAGUAACAUGAACUGCCAGCUUCUUUAACAGAUUAUCAGCUCUUGUCAUCAUUAAUGAAAGUUUUCAGUUUAUUGUGCCUAUUUGCCAAAGUGGUUGUAUACUGACUCACUUCAUGCCUAAAAAAACAAUCAUGAACUUUUAUGAAAUCUGCAUACUCUUCUUGCUGUGGUGGCUAAAGUCAGUGGUCAAAAGCUCUGUAGUGUUUUUCCAUUUAUGUGGUCUGUACUGAAAACAAAGCGCUUCAACCAUAUGUACAUACCAGCAAAACUAACUACUAAGAAAAGUUUUUUUUUUUUUUUUUUUUUUUUUUUUUUAACAUACCAAAGUUUAUUUGUAUGCAUGCUUUUCAAAUACUUUAGGAGAGUGAUGUAAAAGAGACACAAAUAUGUUUGCACAGAUAGAUUUUGUAAAUAUCUUGGUUUUCUUCCCCCUUUCUUUUUGUAAAGCUUUAAAUCAUAAUGUUAAUUACCAAUAAAAGGCAAAAGUGUGAUGGAGUUGUAUAAACAAAUAAAGACCUGCAUGCUUCUAGUGCACUGA